AUGUCGUUGAAUGGGCUGGACAAUGCCACGGUCAGGGAGGCGCACGAGGCUGCCGUUGCUGAGCAUGGCGGAUGGUUUCUCCUAAAGUACGCCAGUCGAGAUGAGGUCGAUGUAUAUAGCCGGGGCACGGGCGGCAUCGUCGAGAUGCGCAACGCCAUUGCCAACUACGAAGAGUCCUCCCCACUCUAUGGCUUUCUCAAAUACAGACGGAGGAACGUCAUCUUGAAGUUUCAGCCCGACGGCUGCUCUAGGCUUAUACAAGCCCGCGCUACUGUACAUUUCAAUGCCGUCUGCGAACGCUUUACCCCUUACAACACGACAUUUGAGAUCACCGAGGCCAAGGAGCUGAAAGACACCAAACUUUCCGCGGCUUGCUCCCUCCAUGCCGCUUCCGGCUCUUCAUCGUCUUCCACCAGCUCGCUGCGCCGACGGCGGUUGAUGGAAAUUGCCGAGGAGGAGGAAGAGGAAGAGAGAGAACGAAAGAGACAGUCCAUUGUGCAAGAGGAAGAAAGGCCUAGCACCGCCGGCGACCAGGAGUUUCGAACUCCAUUGUCUUCUCCCGAACCGCCAGUUGUUCUCGACAAGGAACAGAUCGACUCGCCGAAAGAACCCAACUUUGCCUCUACAGCCGAGAAGCCAAGUUUCGAAGGGGUACGGCCUACGUCGCCGACAAGAUCGGAAUACGAAUCAAGAUUGUCCUCGCAGACCGCUCGCCCCGAUCUUUACAGCUACUCUUCGUAUCCCUACGGCAAGCCCCGCGUAAAGCUCGGCCCAAGACCCUCUCUUGAGUCAAACAAGAAACCGCAAACAGCGAGCAACUUUAGGCCAGUCGCCGCUCUGCCUGCUGGAUUCAAACUAGCCCCCAAGGGUCAGAAGAAGGGCAGGUCUGGGUCGCAGGAUCAAACGGCAGGAGACGAGGACCAAGACCACGAGCAGGAAACGGAAACGGAAGAGCUCGCACCCCUCAAUGCCUCGGUCACCAUUCCUGAAGCCCCGCAUGAAUCCGAAGCUGCGCUUUUGCCUCCUCGACCAAACACGAGCUCAGGGGCAUCCUUGAAGUCUAUUUCAUCUAUAGCACCUGUCAAGGAGAGCAAGAUGACCCCGGAGAAGGCAAGACUCAUGAAGGCGAUGAAGUUGAGGCAGCAGCAAAAGAAAUCUAGCCUUAUGGCAACAGAACCAUCAGCUGUGUCACUUCCACCCGGGAUGGAUAACGAGGCAAUCCCUGAAGACAAGACAGAAGACUCGAGUGCGAUAGGUGAACCUGAUGGGCAGGAGAAAGAAGACCAAUAUACGCUAGCGCAUGCUGAUUCCGCUAUCGCUGUCGACCCUCCCACGCCCAUGACUGUGGAUAUCGAAGUCAUGGAGGAUACGUUGACAGAUUCUCAUCCACCAUCACCUACAGCUGCCUCCUCUGACAUUGGAGAGUCUACCAAAGCCUCCUCAUUGUCCGAGUCGACCGAUGAGACCGUGCAAGCCACCAAAGAAGGAAAUUUCGAUGACGACGGCGAAGCUGUCGAGCAUGAUCUACAAAGUCUCGGGGAGACCCACGAAGCUGCUUUGUUGACUUCACCGGCGCUGGAUGCUGAGACACAUGAUGAUGACAAUAUCUUGGCACAAGACGAUGGGCCCCUUGCUCGGGAAUUCGACUCCAUUCCUCAGAACAGCCAGUUGCCAGCAGAAUCAAGAAAGAACGACAUGAUUCGAGAGUCGGUCGAGAUUGAUGAGCCAGCAGUCGAAACCUUGGACAUCACACCUCAAGAAGUGGUCUUGCCUCCUCCGCAAGACGACGAAGCCGCUUCGCCAAAGUCGCCGUAUGGAAUCCCGGUAUCUAGGUUCGCAAGCAACGAUAGCAAAUCGCCCACCACUCCAAGCCUGAAGUCAAGAUUCUCGACGCAUGAUCUCAAGUCUCUGCCUGAGCCUGUACCGAAUUUGCCAACGCUGGUUACGCCUCCCACUCUUGUAGCGGCGGAUUCCCAGCCACUACCAGUCAAGAAAGUAGAACGCUCCGAAGCGCUAACCAGUGAACCUUUCGAGACUGCGCAAAGCAAACCUGCAAGACGCAAUCCAUCUAUUUCACCCAUCAACACCGAGCUAGCGAGACAGACACCCGAUUCAGAGCUGCCUGACCCCCUACAUGAUGAUGAUCUCAUGGACGAGCUGCAGUCAGCUACUUUUGAGGAAGCACAGCCAAUGAGGUUUUCCAAAUCUCCAAUCACGCCUGUUUUCCCUUCCACAAGCCCGAAAAGGCCUCAAACUGUUGGUUCCAACGCGCCUCUCACACGAGCAUUCUCGAACCCAAUGCGCGGUCCUCUUCUGGCUCCUGGCGAUGUUUCGUCAAGCUCCGCCCGCAGCGUCUCAGCAGGUGGCGCAGCCUUGCUUCACAAUGUCACGCGACAGCCUUCUAGUGCCGGGCUUUCGACCAAGAAGGCAACAGGUGGCAGUAUCGCUCAGCGUAUCAAGGCCCUGCAACAGCUUUCGGGAGACGGCAGUAAAGAUGUCGACAAGACUCGUCCCAGGACAGCAGGCCCUUCAACAAGUUUCAUCAACGUCCGUCAGCCGAACGCGAGGGAUUCCUCAAAAUCACCUGUUCCAUCUUUGGCAGACCGUACCACUUCGCUCACCCGCCAGACCACUCUAGACCCAUCGAGGGAAGGAUCCCCUGAACUCUUGGGUGGUCUGCAGCCGCCCCGCUCAAGGGCUGGUUCGAUGGCCAAACGUAUGUCGAUGUUCGAGACGGGAGCUCCACCAAAUAGAGGGCGGCCUGAAUCGAUUCAAGUCACUGCUCGUAUUGUGCGCGACGGGAAUACCUCGUUCCCCAAAAGGCCUUCCAGUAAGGACCCGGUCGAAUACAACACUGCUGAUCUAAAGCAGUCGCCAUUGGUGGUGGAUCAUCUAAAAGCUGUGCCAGAGCCAGUCAGAGCAAACACGAUCGACGUCGCCAGUCUUCCUACUAUUGAGGCACCGAAAGAUACCAUUCAAGAGAGGAGGCUAUCACGCGACAGGAAGGCGUCAGUGACCGAAGACGACACUGGGAAAAAGCGACGAUCUUCCCUGAGCAUUGUUAAAGACUUUAUCAAGGAUCGUCGAUCCUCCGUCACCAGUAACAACAAGCCCACUGACAAUUUGGCUGUGCUUUCUCCAACUCCUUCUAACAAGGCACCCUCGCGACCACCGUCCGUCCACCAAACUAGUGGUGGCAGCUUGGGCCGUCGUCUAUCCAUCUCAAGCCGUCGUUCUUCCGUCAGCAAAGAGCAAGACAACUCUUCGCCACUUCUGUCGCCAACACCCACGAUUGACAACAGCUCCGACGAUACCGAUAAAGCAAGUCUUGGCGACAAAAAGUCGCAGAGCCGCACAUCACGUUUCAUGCGCCGCUUGUCCAACACGCUCGUGGCGACUCGUAAGAGCGCGGCUCCCAACACGCCAACUACUGUGCGUGAGGAGGAAGAGGUCGUACCAGACGUCUCUCCGGCCCACUCGCGCAACCCAUCGCAACCCACUCUUACUUCUUACAUGGGUGACGUCAACGUACAGUUUCCAGAUAAUCUGCUCUGGAAGCGGCGGUCAAUGUGUCUCGAUACGCAGGGCUUCCUCGUGCUCAGCCCCAUAAACAACGGCACUGAGAAGACAGGAGUCAGCACUAAGCGCUUCCAUAUGAGCGACUUCCGCACCCCCUACGUCCCAGAUGUGGACAUGCAGGAGUUGCCCAACAGUAUCUGUUUGGAUUUUGUUGGUGGAUCUGCUUUGCAACUUGCAUGUGGGGAUAGACAUGGGCAAACCCAUACACUUCACGCUCUACAAGAAGCACACCACAAACAUUCGUCCUUUGGUCAAUAA